AUGGUGCAGUGUGGAGAGCAGAAGCUGCAGGUCAGGGCCCAGUUGGAUUUAUUUGGAACCAGGCACCCAAUUAAUGCUGCUGACCUGACCCUGGGGACAGCAGGCUGUCAGCCAACCAGGGUCUACCCUGAGAACCACACUGUCCUCUUUGACUAUGGCCUGCAUGAGUGUGGUAGCAGAUUGCAGAUGACUGGAGACUUCCUGAUCUACACCACCCACCUGACCCACAUCCCAAACUAUCCUGGGUCUGUCAUUGUGAGAACCAAUGGAGCUGUCAUUCCCAUUGUGUGUCGUUAUUUGAGGACGGGCAAUGUGAGCAGUGACCCCAUCAAGCCCACCUGGAUCCCAUUCAGCUCCACCAGGUCUGGAGAAGGGCAUCUGUCAUUCUCCCUGCGUCUAAUGAAUGGUGACUGGCACACAGAGCGCACUUCCACUGUCUACUCCCUGGGAGACCUCAUUCACAUUGAGGCAUCUGUUUCAAUGGACAACCACUUGCCCCUGAAGCUGUACAUUGACCGCUGUGUAGCUACACUGAGCCCAGACAAGGGCUCCAGCCCCAGAUACAGCAUCAUUGACUACAAUGGUUGCCUCGUAGACAGCAAAGCUGAGGACUCCUUUUCAACCUUUGUGUUGCUGAGAGACCAGCGGGAGCCGGACAAGCUCAGGUUUGACCUGGAUGCCUUCCGCUUCUAUGGAGAUGAACAAUCCUUGAUAUUCAUCACCUGUCACCUGAAAGUUGCUGCAGUAGAUCAGGGAGAUUCCAGGAACAAAGCUUGUACUUUCCAGAAGCUGCACAAGAUCUGGACCCCACUGGAGGAAUCAAGCAGUGACAUUUGUGCCUGUUGCCAUGUGGGGAACUGUGGUAGCACACGGGACAUCAUCCUUCCCUUCAGAGGAAGGAGAGACCUUGGAGCUGAAGCUGGUGUGCAGUCUGAGCUGGUUGUGAUGCUGUCCCUGACAGUGACAGCUGUCUCCCUGAUCUCUGCUUUGUUGAUGGCCUUGUUCCUGUACAGGAAGCACCAGCGAACUCCACUCAGCUAUUGA